ACUAGUCUUAGGUACCUUCUGACUGAUCAACCCCCGAGCGAGAUCGGUCUGUACAUUGUAGAAUAUAUAUUCAAUACAGCCACGUCUCAAUCCUCCACACCUAUGCCUCUCUGCCUACAUGCGAAUGAACGUGUCAUUCAUGACUGCUUUGAUCUUCUUUAACAACCCAUGUCCCUCCGACUUGACCAUCUACCGUAUACACCAUGCCAUUCGCCAGUCUUUGUUUAUCCCCACUCCUGCCGCUCUUCAACGCUCUCAGCAUGGCUCUGUGGGGCCUCCUCGGCUCUGGCCGUCUGGAGUGUUAGUGCGGUAUCAACCACAAUGGCGGUCAAGCACGACUCCGUCGGCGGCGCAGGAACGGGCGUUUACCCACCCUUCUCGUCUAUGUACCGGGUUCGAGGAUGUUAUUUAAACCCACUGCAGCAGUUUUGCUUGAACUUUGACCGGAGACUAGCAUGCUGGGCUUGCCGAGACUUCCGGUCGAUAUCAAUGCGUUACAUUGGAGGCUAAGGAUUGAAUGGAUUUGGCUCGGUGAUCUGAUCUGACCAAAUCAGACCUAGACAUCAGUCAUAGAUAACAAGGGUGAUCACAGGCAUCAGGAUCACAUCCACACUCCGAUCUCGA